CAUAAACACCAAUGCUUCUAAAACUUAUGUUUAUCUUGUAAGCACGCCCGAAGUCCAAUCGCAAAACAGUAUCCCUUUUAUGCUUGAUCCGUCACCAAGACGACAUCAUCUAUCGAUUCAUUUUUUUCUUAUUAAAUAAUUUUUUUAAGAUCUUUCCGUUUUGGAAUAAUUCCCCUAAUAUAUUUCUUGGCAACGCAUGUACAUGUCUCCAUUUGCAUCUCACGACAAUGUGGACUGCAGAUGCUGACUGGUAUUUUGCCAUUUUAUUAGCUUAUAAAGCUACCAGACAACAACUCUUCUCAGUCCCCUCCACUCCCGUACUAUUCACCUCUCUCAGUUUAAUUAUUACUCAAACACUAUAUUAUUGCACUACUUCCCUCUCAGUUUUACUGUUUGGCUAACUCGAUCGUACACCCUUGCCAUUAUCCUUUACCUAUAAACUCACCAUCCCAUCUCUUUUUCAAUUGCAUUCAUGCAUGUCUUCUCUUCAAUCUUAAAUCCCCUUUUGUUUUUCCUGUUUUCUCUCUUUUGGCAAUUGUUGGUUGAUAUAAUCAACAUUUUGAGCCAACCCCAAUCGAUCUUUUUGAUAUCCCAUAGUGCUAAAACUGAGGUGAUGAAAGAGUGACGUAAAAUCAUAGAGAGCAAAUUUUUUUUUUAGAAAUGAUGCGCAAGUGCAGUAGUUCUCAGGGAGACAUGGUCUUGGGUCCUUGUUCAUGUGGUCUGUUUCAUGGCGAAAACAACUCAUUCUCUAUGCUAUUUUCCAUGCCAAACCACAAAUCAUUUGAUGAAACAGACAUGUACCGUUUCACGUCCUCUUCAUCAUCUUCUGUUGACUGCACUCUCUCGUUGGGAACUCCAUCCACACGCCUUUGUGUAAACGACAGUGACAAGAGUUUGCGCCAUGGCCGCAGCUCGGGUAAUUCUUGCGUGUCUAACUUUUGCUUGGACUUGUUACAGAACAAGAACAUGCCAUAUCCACUGCAAAGCGCAAAAGAUAGCCGGGGAAGCAAUGGAAAUAGCAGUAGUAACAGCUCAGGGAAAGGCAAUGAUCCUCUCUUAGCUCGCCGAUGUGCUAACUGUGACACCACUUCUACACCGCUUUGGAGGAAUGGUCCAAGAGGCCCAAAGUUGCAGUCACUUUGCAAUGCCUGUGGAAUUCGAUUCAGAAAAGAAGAAAGAAGAGCAACAAAUGCAAUCAAGUCAUCAGGUGCAACAGGUUCAAUGCUGGAGCAGUUACAACAUCUUGGCUAUCAUCACCACCAGAACAAGAACAAUUCACGGGUUCAUCACUCGCAAAACCAGAAAAAGCCAUGUUUCUCACCUGUCAAUGGAUUCAGGGUCAUUGAAGAUACUGAUCGAGAUUCUGCUACUGGCAUUCCCUUCCUUUCUUGGAGACUCAAUGUCCAUGACCUUACAAGAUAAGAAGAAAAUAAAAUGAAAAAAAAGGAAGAAGAAGAAGAAAGAGAAAAGAAACCCCACCCCCUCAUUGACGGUCAAGAUCAUGCAGCAAUGACUGAAACGUUUCACGAUGACGAUGCUGUGGAUGCUUAAAUGGUAGUAGUUUCGUACCUUGAUUUUUCAUUUGCAAGUGUUUCACUUUCACUUUAGGAGAUUAUUUCAGCACUGUUUUUUUUCACUGAUUUCCCUGAUGUAAUGUAAUGUAAUAUAGAAGUACGUGUUACCUUAUAAAUGCCAAAAACAAACAAACAAACUUACUCAAUGCACAAAUUGCCCCCGAAGUACACAGAUUUUCUCAAAUUAGUACAUAAAGAAAUUUACACAACAGUUCAAGACUUAAAAAGUUUAAGAAGAUAUAGAUUCGAAUAUAAUAAUUAAAAGUAAUGAGAGAGACGUGG